CUUUGGCACCUGUUCGCUUUGCCGUGACGCCCCGAGAGGGGAGGACGGGGCAGGGCAGGGUUCCGGCAGGGGCCGGCCCCGCAGCUUUGCCGGCUGGGGACGGGAACAUUCAAAGCCCGCCCGCGGGGACGCUGAGCCUCUGAAGCCCCCGGAGGAAGAGCGGGCCGGGUCAGGGGCCAGGAGAGCGGGCGGGAGGGAGGCUACCGAAACGUGGCCUCUGGGACCCCGGGCCCUGGUGCUUCAGGGCUCCGGGACGUCCCCCGGGGCUCCCGGGAACUUCCAGGUAUGAAGCGGCCGCUCAGCCCAGCCCCUCCGGGGGAGAAGGGCCUUCCUGCUUCCGGGGGCUCCGAAUGUCUUCCCCAGCCCCCAGAGCCCUCUCGGCCCAAGCGGGAGAGGAAGCGACCGUCAUACACACUCUGUGAUGUCUGCAACAUUCAGCUCAACUCUGCGGCCCAGGCCCAGGUGCAUUGUGGGGGCCGCGCUCACCAGAGACGUCUGCGGCAACUCAGCUCGGGCAAGACCCCCUCAGGGCCAGGCCCAGCCUCCAGCACCCCCAACCCUCUGCUGGCCUCGCUGCCCCUGCCUGCUCGGCCCCUGCAGCCCCCACUGGACAUCAAGCAUUUCCUGACCUUCCACUUCAAUGGUGCAGCCCCACUCAGCCUUUUCCCCAACUUCAGCACGGGCAAGGGCAGGACUCAUAAUUGCUGUUCUCUCUCACCUCACCUCACCUCACAGAUGGACCCAGUCCAGAAAGCAGUAAUCAGUCACACUUUUGGAGUCCCCUCCCCUAUAAAGAAGAAGCUGUUUAUCUCCUGUAACAUCUGCCACUUGAGGUUCAACUCUUCGAACCAGGCUGAAGCUCAUUACAAAGGCCACAAACACGCCCGAAAGGUCAAGGCUGUGGAGGCUGCCAAGGGCAAGCAGAGGACCUACCCUCCAGCUCGCGACAGAGCCCCUGGUCCACCUGCCACCCCUCCUGACAGCAGAGCUGCUGGAGAACCCCAGAACAAGGCUUCCUCUCCUGGAUCUCCGUUAGUUCUGCUGAAGACUUUGGACUCCACUCCCAGGGAGUCGGCCAGCCUGGACCUCUCGGACACCUCUUCGUCAUCCUCCUCCCCUUCCUGCUCCCCCUCAUCCCCAGGGCCAGGGGUUGAGACACCUGGUCCGAGAAUGGGGGCCGGGAGCGGCGUGGGUGCUGACAACCAGAACGAGAAGGGUCCUCUUUACUGUCCUACCUGCAAGGUCACUGUCAACUCAGCCUCACAGCUCCAGGCCCACAACACAGGAGCCAAACACAAGUGGAUGGUGGAUGGUCAUCGGGGAGCUCCUCGGAGGGGCCGGGGUCGAAUCGUGCCUCGGGGAGGGGCCAGGCACAAGGCUAAGCGUGUGGCGGGGGUCCCAGCUGGCAAGCCAGGCCCAAGUCCUUCUUUCCACUGUGCUCUUUGUCAGCUCCAUGUCAACUCUGAGACCCAGCUCAAGCAGCACAUGAGCAGCCGAAGACACAAAGACAGGCUGGCAGGGAAACCCCUGAAGGCUAAGGUCAGUCAGCAGAGCAAGCUACAGAAACAUGGGGCGCUGGCUGUGAAUAUCCUCAAGUCUAAGCUGGCUCUGCAGAAGCAACUCACCAAGACACUGGCGGCCCGAUUCCUGCCCAGCCCCCUCCCGACUGCUGCGGUGUGCACCCUCCCGGGGCCCUUGGCUCUCCGGCCAGCCCCAGCGGCCACCACUCUCUUCCCGGCCCCCAUGCUGGGGCCUGCCCUGUUCCGGUCACCAGCAGCCGCUGUGCGCCCUGCCACCGGGCCCAUUGUCUUUGCGCCAUACUGAUCCUGACUCCCCGGCAGUCCUGCUUCCCGUCUCCUUUCCAGCUCUCCCUAGCCAUGGAGCAAUGUCUCUACAACCGGGGGUCUGAUGGGGGGAAGAGGAACCCACUUUUAGAGUCAGCAUCUUCUCCCUCUUCACAAGAAUUGGAUGAGAUGGCCCCUAAGGUCUCUUCCAACUCUAAAUCUGUGUGCUUAGUACUUCCAGUUCAUACAAGGUAGCUAAUCCCUGCCACUGUGGGGCUUUGGAAUCGUCUCCUUCAAUCAUCCAUUCCCUAACUUAUCUGGUGCCGUCCCUGGAGCCUGCAGUUCAGAUGGCCCUGUAACCAACAGCCCAGGUCUCCCCAGCUCCAGGAGCUAACGGGUUCCAAACAAUCUAUGCAAAAUCUCCAAAGCCAGCUCCAUGGUGUUCUCACUUUUCAAGGGAAGCUGGAGGGAGGCAAAUCUGGUUAUCCCCCUACCCCAGGCCCUGCCUCGUGACUGGCAGGCUCCCAACCCCUUGAUUUUUAGCAUCUUUUGCUUUGCAAAGUAUGUUUCUCUGUGGCUCAAGGGCAAGGGGCAAGUUUAUGACCUUAUCUUCCAUAUUUGGGGGCUGUCUUCCACCAAAAGCACCUCUCUACCCUAUUCAUGUAAUUCUUUGGAGGACCACAGGAAGGAGAUGGGGUUGGGGCAGUAUUCCCCUUGGGGAGAAUGUGGACUUGGGGGGAGAGAACCAUAAUGGGGAGAAAAGGGAGGAACAUUUCCAAGUCUGGGCAGUGCUGAGGUAGAGAAGGGAGGAGUCUCCUUUCUUCUCUGAAGGAUCUCUCCUGAUGGGGUGAGCGAGGAGCUGCUUCAGGUGAGAACGGUAGUCCUAUUCUUUGGCUUGGCUAUGAAAGCCUCUUCCUGUCCUAGACUCAGCCCUUUGUCAGAUCCCCCCUCUGCUCUCUUCCAGGAUGAAUGCCUGGCCAACGUCUGCACCUUCUCAGCACUUUGUGCCUCCUUUUAAAUCUUAUGGAACUAACAGGCUUUGUCCCCUUGUUCCCCACUUCCCCACCCCCUCUAUUCCCGUGCACUUUAGUCUCUCUCCUUCAGAAAAGCCAUUCCUUCUUCACAGCCCAGACCACAGACCCUCUAAAUCUACCUAGGCAAUAAAACUGUAGUGGGACCCAGCCUGACCCCAAAUUUCUAACGGUGUUUUCAAGGUCUCCCCUGCCCUACCUCCUAGGACUUGGCCAGUAUCCUCUGCCUGUUUUUUUUUCUUCAGAUGUUUCCAGUGGGAGAGAAAAAAGGGGAGGGGGGAUUUUUUUUUAUAACAAGCUAUUGUGGCUUUAUCAUGUCCAACUCGUCAAUAAAAGAGUCUGGAGUUCAGUGGUGUCUUUGUGUUACCUUUGCCCCACGAUGUUCCCUGUGCUGCCUUUCUGUGCUGGGGAAGAUGAUAUAUGUGCUGUGGGCAUGGGUAAGGAGGCUUUCAAAGUACCCCAAGGUGAUUUUUUCAUCUGAUAAACAGCAUGUUGGGAAGGGGGUGCCUGAUGUGGGCAGGAGGGCACAAUACAUCAUAGAAUGUUCACAAGCACAUCCCAAGUGGAUGAUCAGUCACCGAGAGGCUUCCAUGGGCCUGCUUUGUCCCACUAGCCCUGGGAGAUCCGAGGUUCUGUGCAUGCGCUUCAUUAUGGGAGACAGGAUAGUUAUACAUACAAUAUAGGUCAUGUAUGUGUGCUUCACUUUGGGAGGUCGGGACAGUUAUACAGAACCAUGUAUUUAUUAUGGGAGGUCGGGACAGUUAUACAGAACCAUGUAUUUAUUAUGGGAGGUCGGGACAGUUAUACAGAACCAUGUAUUUAUUAUGGGAGGUCGGGACAGUUAUACAGAACCAUGUAUUUAUUAUGGGAGGUCGGGACAGUUAUACAGAACCAUGUAUUUAUUAUGGGAGGUCGGGACAGUUAUACAGAACCAUGUAUUUAUUAUGGGAGGUAGGGACAGUUAAAAAUACAAUAUAGGUCAUUAUGUAUAUGCUUCGUUAUGGGAGGUGAGGUAAUUAUACAUACAAUAUAGGUCAUGUAUAUGCUUCAUUAUGGGCGGUAGGGACAAUUAUAGGUAUAAGUCAUGUAUAUUAUGGGAGGUAGGAUAGUUAUACAGUUUAUGUCAUGUAUAUUCAUUACGGGAGGUAGGGAUAGUU